AGUCCUCCUGCCUCAUCCUCCUGGGUGCUGGGAUUACAUUCACCACCACGCCCAGCUAGACUGCCAUUUAUUAAACCUUGAAACCUCUAUUGCAGUGCGUCCAGUAUUACAGUUCUUUUCAGUUUCUAAAGGUAGUUGCUUUUUUGGUGGGGGGCGGUACUGGGGAUCGACCAAGACCUUCUCACAGGGUGAUCUUCCUGCCUCAGCGUCGCAAGUGUUUGGAUUACUGAUGUGCACCACCACACAAGGCUAGUUUUGUUUUGCUUUGAAACAAUCUGUGUUGGUCAGGCUCAUCUUAAACUCAUUUGCUCAAGUGGUUCUCCACCUCAGACUCCCAAGUAAAGGGACUUUAGGUGCAUACCACCAUGCCCUGUUAUUUUAUUUGAAAUACUGGACUGGGGAAGUAGCUCACGGGUGGCCUAGCAUGGGCAAGGCUCUGGGUUUGAGCCAUAGCACUUUAAAAAGAAAAGAAUAAGAACAAAUCAUACCACCCAACAACAUUUUCGAGUAUUUAUUAUAUGCCACACUAUUGCUGCUUCACACGAACUGUCUUGUGCGGUUCCCACAGUAAUGCUGAGAAGAGUAUUUCUGUUUCACAGAUGGGGACACUGAAGUUGAGCAAGUUUGCUGAAGGUCACAGUUAGCAAGAGCAUUCACACCAGAAGUCCCUCUAAAGAGAUGCCUGCCAACUAUGCCUCCCAGAUUCCGAGUGCGCCUGGCCAGGUGGAGCCGAAAUCAAUCCCUGUGCCAGUCAUGCUGAGCUCUUACCCUGUAGGUCUGACUGCACGGCCCAGCUGUGGUAUCUGCUCCUGCACCUAGAUAGGGUACAUUCAGAGACUGAGACCAUCAGGCACUGGGAGAGCAGCAGCACCCCCUGGAGCCUUGUGCUGGGGCUGGGAGCGUGGCAGUGCAGCUCCUGUGAUCUCUCUCUGUCCCCUGUAGGAUGGCUGCUCCGCAAGGUCAACACUGGGCCUCCUCCCUGUGCUCAGCCUGGCAGGGGUAGUUUUGAGCCCGACACUAUGGCGUCAUCACCUUCUCUCCCGAUGCCUCGCUCGCAGUCCAGGAAGCCUCUGGGCAGGAUGGCUGACUGGUUCAGGCAGGCUCUGCUGAAGAAGCCUAAGAACGCGAGCAUCUCUUCAGAAAGCCACCUCAGUGGUGACACACAGCUGGCCUCACAGGACAGCGCCCCGCCUCCAAGCCUCCACUCAGUUACGUCUUCUACCCCACCGCCAACACACAGGGACACCAGCAGCAGUGGCCGCUGGAGUAAGGACUAUGACAUUUGCGUGUGCCACAGCGAGGAGGACCUGGCUGCUGCCCAGGAGCUGGUCUCCUACCUGGAGAGCAGCUCCAACAAGCUGCGCUGCUUCCUGCAGCUGCGGGACGCGACCCCAGGUGGGGCCAUAGUGUCUGAGCUGUGCCAGGCGCUGAACAGUAGUCACUGCCACGUGCUGCUCAUCACCUCUGGCUUCCUCUGUGACCCCUGGUGUAAGUUCCAGAUGCUGCAGGCCCUGACCCAGGCCCCAGGGGCUGAGGGCUGCACCAUCCCCUUGAUGUCUGGCCUGACCAGAGACGCCUACCCUGUUGAGCUCCGGUUCAUGUACUAUGUGGAUGGCAGCGGCCCGGACCGGGGCUUCCUCCAAGUCAAGGAAGCUGUCAUGCGCUAUCUGCAGACACUCAGCUGAAACUUCUUGUGUCAUGGGACCCAGAAAGUUGGGGUCAAGCUGGACAUACCUCAUACAAGGCCUUGGAUUCCAGGAGAGGUGACAGGAGGCUUCAGGAGCGAGUGUCUGCAGUGCUCUGUAUGUGACACCUGGAUCAGACUGCCCAGAGGGCUUCCAUUACUAUCUGUUCCCCAGGAAGGCCAGAGGGAUGUUGGGGAUUUCCCCAGGAAGGCCAGAGGGACAUUGGGGCCUCCCCCAGGAAGGCCAGAGGGACACUGGGGCCUCCCCCAGGAAGACCAGGAGGAAGCCAGAAAUUGGAGGCAGGAGGAGGAGGAGCUGAUACCUGGAGGAGCAGCAGUGUUUGGCCUGCUGCCUAAAUGUACAGAAGCCUAGUGCACACCUGCCUUCUUCCCCAGAAUGGGUCACUGGUGCAGAUGGGACUCCCUCCCAGUGAUGAGCUGGGAGUUUAAAUUGCAGGAUACUAAGCAUGGAUACUCUUAGAGCUGCCUGGGGAGCCUGGCGUAAGAAAUAGGUAUGGAGUCCUUCACGCUCACACUACUGCUGUUCUUUCCCAGAGACAUCAACUUGCUUCAGAAAGCUAGGCGGAGGUGCAUUGUGUUUUAUUUAUUGCAUGACUGCCCCUGAAGAUGCAAGUUUAGAGCUGGGAGAGAAACCCAGUGGUUCAAUACAUGCUUAGCAUGCAUGAGGCCCUAGGUUUGAGCCCUACUACCAAACUUUAAAAAAGAAAACUGCAAAACUACGAGUCAUUCUAAAUGUACUGGAAAGGGGAAGGAGGAGGUGGGGAGAGAAGGAAGCAGAGCUCAGGGCUCAGCCUCUUCUCCUGCUGCAGAACCCCACUGAUCCUUGACAACUCAGAGCUGCAUCACAGGCUUGGCAGAGCCAAAGCUUUCAGCGUAGCUGUCUUCACCUUUGGACUGAGAGGAAUCAGCAUUUUUCUUCUGAGAUAAGACUGUGUUCUUUGUAGGAUAGCCAGGUGUCCUGCAUCUGUACUCAGUAAGUUUGUUGUUGAACUGAGUUUGUUUCUCCCAAUGUGUACUUUUUUGCUUCUCCUCUCACUUUCCCCAUCACAUGUCUUCUUUACUGAAAAAAAAAUUUAAAUUAUAAUUAUACCUGUUGUGGUGGUGCAUACCUGUAACACCA